AUGGAUUUACCAUAUAUAACUAAAUACUUAAUUCAUAACUCUCAAUUCCAAGCAGGUGGUCAUCAAGGAUGUAUUAUUCAAAAAGGAAAUUAUCUUAUCAAAAAGAUAAGUUAUAAAAGAGAAUUAGAAUUUUAUUUAGAAAAUAAAGAUUUAAUAGACUGGAAAGGAUUAAUUCCAUACUUUUUUAAUUCUUUUAUAUUUAAUAAUGACACGUUUAUUUCAAUAGAAAAUAUUAUUUCUAAAUACUUAAAACCAUGUGUGUUAGAUAUUAAAAUAGGAAAUAAAACAUGGUGUGAUGAAACAGAUGAAAACAGAAAAAAAGAACGAAUAAAAUUAGAUGCUUUAACAACACAAAAUACACUUGGGUUUAGAUUUUGUGGAAUGACAAUAACACAAAAAGAUGGUUAUUCAUUUUCAAUUAAUAAAAAAAUUCAUCUUGAAAUUCAUUCAAGAGAAGAAACAAUUAAAUUAUUAUCAAUAUUCAUUAAUCAAUUAGGCUUUGAAAAAGAUAGAAUUAUUAAUUAUUAUCUUCAACAAAUGGAAAAGAUUAAAAAUUGUAUUAACAAAAUGAAAUAUCACUUUUUUUCAAGUUCAUUGCUCUUUGUUUAUGAUAUUGAAUCUUAUCAAUGUGAUUGUAGGAUGAUAGACUUUUCACAUUAUUACAAUAUGUCAACUCAUAUAUCAAAAAUAAAUGAUGGUGUAAUUGAAGGAAUUAACACAUUAUCUUCAUUAUUUAAAAAUAUCUAA